GGGUUGCGCGUGCCACAAUGUCGACAACGACACAAUGUUUACAAAUCGCACAGUAAUAUAACAUAGUAAUACACAGACAAAACAUUCACUUAAAACAGGAGCGGAAACAUGUAAAAAUAAAUGUGGUCCUUAAGGCGCAGACUGAAUCUCAUGGUGCCGGCGCGGUGUUGGGCCGUGCGCCGGCGCACCCUGCUCGCGUUUCUAGCGCUGGUGGCGCUGGCAGCGCUGGCGCUUAGCUCCGGAGGCAGCCGGCUCACUCGAGAGGAAGAGAUGGAGGCACGCCUGGCACAAAUGCAGGCCCAUCUCGAGUUCUUGACCACCCUGUAUAGAUCCAGGCAGAUUGAGGUUAUGAACAUGCAGACGAAAAUGGUUAACCUCGGCAACCCAGAGCAGUCUGAGAAACUUCUCGGCCCGAGCACGACGGUUUCUCCAGAAGUUGCCCAACUACUGAAGAAUCUCACUGGCACCAAAACAGCCUCCGGCGUGGACCGAAAGAACCUGCAACCUCAAACCCUCCCCUUCAUCUACCAACUGAUGCCUCAUCUGUUAGACGAUGUCUACAGCCUGAGACCAGCAUUUCAUAUGAGGGGUACACGGCAGCUGGCUCAAAUCGUCAUUGGUAUACCCACUGUGAAGAGAGACAAGGAGAGUUACCUCAUGGUUACUCUUACGCACCUCAUUUCUGGGAUGACUGAGGCAGAUCAGAAGGAAUCAGUCAUUAUCGUGAUGGUUGGAGAACCAGACUUGGAGUUCGUCAUUAAUACGGCGAAACAAAUUGAGACACUUUUCCCAAAGGAGGUCGAAAGCGGUCUCAUCGAAGUGAUAUCCCCACCGCCCUCCUACUAUCCCAAUUUCGACAGCUUCGAGCCGACUCUCGGCGACUCCUCCAAACGGAUGAGAUGGAGAACCAAACAGAACCUGGACACGAUCUUCUUGAUGGCGUAUGCGCAGAGCAGAGGGACUUUCUACCUGAUGCUGGAGGAUGACGUCAUUGCUAAGCAGCAUUAUAUGCGGGACAUCAAAUACUUCACCGCCCAGAUCACAAUCCAGACCCCUCAGUGGUUCUUCAUCGAAUACUGCGCUUUCGGCGGGAUUGGCAAGCUGUUCAGAUCCGCAGACCUGUCCCAUUUCAUCACAUACGUCCAGCUGUUUUACUCCAAUAUGCCUAUAGACUGGCUGCUGGAGAGCUACUUGGCUGACAAAGUUUGCAGCAUCUACAAGUCUUCUAAGGAAUGCGCGAAGAGUAAGCUAGACAUACGGCCAAAGUACAAAUCUUCGCUGUUCCAACAUAUUGGAUUGUAUUCUUCGUUGAAAGGCAAAAUACAGAAAGUGCAGGACUCUCGCUAUGGGAAGCUGCCAGGCUUUUUCCCCCACCAGAACCCCGAUUUAGAGACCAUCCACAACGAUAUAGAGGAGAAGGCAGAUCAUACCAUCAGGAGGGCGUAUAAUGGGGAGACCUUCUUUUGGGGCAUCAAGCCCAAGAAGGGGGACGUUAUUGAGUUUGUCUUUCGGAAGCCGACUGUGCUUGAAAGGUACACCUUCCGUAGCGGCAACGUAGAUCACGCAUCAGACAAGUUCUAUGACACCUAUAUUGAGAUCCAACCAGUGGGUGGCAACUACACAGUUAUCGACAGCUUCGACGAGUUUGGCUUGGCCGAUGGCUCCCUCAAAGGAGAUUGGGGGCCGCUCAACUCGAUAAGAUUAAGAGUCAAUCGGGAUAGCACCUUUUGGGUCAUUCUGAGUGAGAUUGAACUAAAACCAUACAACCCGGAAGAAAGAUGACGAAACCCGAACCCGUGGUUGCGCCUCGUGCGUCAGAUGAAGAAGACUAAACGGCACCCACCUCGCUUUAAAUCGUACUGAGUUGAGUGCACGCUCAUAUCGGGCUUGCAGGGGGGCGUGCGGCGUGCAUGUGAAACAAUUGAAGCUCGUACAAGUGUCCUGAGUCGACGCUGCAUAGGGUGGACGCACGCUCGCUCGCCCCGCCGACCAAGCGUCCACUCAGGCCUUAGUCACCUGUUAAUGUGAACACUAUCGUUACAUAUAAACAGGGCACUACUUUUCAUGCCGAUGUCAACAUAAUGGGCUACUAGACUCAUGUCGAAUCUGGCACAAUAUAUUAUUGUCUCCUGCAGUAUUUCACAUAAAAAAACAAUAUGAUUUUGGG